ACCUGGGUGCUGUUUCAGUACCGUUGUAUCAGUGUGUUGAUGUGACAGUUGGUGUCACCUUCUCAAACCAAGUGGCAGGUCUCCCUUCUCUACUACCUCAGACUCUUGUAGCCAGUGAUGCAAAAAUUGAGUUUUUAUUUCAACUUGUUGCUGUGUUUUCUGGAGUGCUUGAAGGGGCCUUUUGAUUGCUUAAGGAUCAACUCGCUUUACACGCCUCUGCCUUUUCAUACUCCAGGGAACCUCGUCAGUGAAUGCUUCAUGCUUUUAGCUGGCCUGCAGUUGCCAUGUCUCUUCUUCCAUCUCAACAAAGCGCGAUGUCGGAAGAGAGGUGCAUGGCAAACACUCGGUUUGGCUGAUGUUUGGAGCCCCUGGUGAAAAGCAGCCACAUGGGAGCCUGUUGAUACACACCAAACUCCUGAAUGACAUGAUUGUUCUUGUAAGAUUCAGAUUAAAUUUUAAAUAGUAGUAGUAGUAGACGACGACUUUAUUUUUAAGGAAACUUUUAGAUUUAUAGAAAAAUUGCAAAGAUAGUACUGGUGGUUCCCAUGGACCCCACAUUCCAUGUGCCCUAUUAACAUCUUAUAUUAGCAUUGUACAUUUGUUGCAAUUAAUGGGCUAAAACUGAUGUACCAUUUUAAAUUAAAUUUAUACUUUAUUCACAAUUCCUUGGUUUUUACCAAAUGCGUUCUUUCUUUUCCUCAGUCCUAUCCAGGACACCUUGUUGCCUUCAGCUGUCACAUCUCCCUGGGCUCCUCUUGUCCAUGUCAGUAUCUCAGACUGUCCUCGUUUUUGGUGACAUUGAUGGUUUUGAGGGGUGCUAGUUGGGUAUGUGUUAGGACGCACCUCUUUGGGGAUUUAUCUCAUGAUUAGACUGGAGUUACGGGUUUUGAGGAGGACUAGCAUAGCUAACAAGUGUUCUCGUCAUCUCGUGUUACAGGCACACACUAUCCACGUGACUUCUCACUGCUGAUGCUGACCUUGACCAUCUGGCGGACAUAGGGUUUGCCAGCUUUCUCCACUGUACAAUUACUCUUUUCAGGGGGGAGCUUUCGGGACCACGGGGGAGCUCAUGAAGUUGUCAGUGCUUCUCUUCUGAAUGGAGACCUCUGGAUCCCAAUGAAGAGCGUCGACUUAAAGAAUCAUCCACAAGUGCUGAAUGUUCGAAUACAACUGGAAAGCAAAGAACUGAUCAUAAACCUGGAAAGAAAUGAAGGUCUCAUUGCCAGCAGUUUCACGGAAACCCACUAUCUGCAAGAUGGUACUGAUGUCUCCCUCACUCGAAAUUACACGGGUCAUUGCUACUACCACGGGCACGUGCAAGCAUAUCCCGAUUCCACGGUCAGCCUCAGCACUUGUUCCGGCCUCAGGGGACUUAUUAUGUUUGAAAAUGAAACCUACGUCUUAGAACCAUUGGAAACUGCAACCCAGAGGUACAAACUCUUCCCAGCCAAGAACCUAAACAGCACCUGGGGAUUGUGUGCAUCGCAUCCUGACAUGGCAGGCCUCGCCGCAGAUAACACGUUCUCGCCACCCUCUCACGUGUGGGCAAGAAGGCAUAAAAGAGAGACCCUCAAGACGACCAAGUACGUAGAGCUGGUUAUCGUAGCAGACAACCGAGAGUUUCAGAGGCAAGGAAAAGAUCUGGAAAAAGUUAAACAGCGAUUAAUAGAGAUUGCUAAUCACGUUGACAAGUUUUACAGACCGCUGAACAUCCGGGUAGUGUUGGUAGGCGUGGAAGUAUGGAAUGACAUUGACAAAUGCUCGAUAAGUCAGGACCCGUUCACCAGCCUCCAUGAAUUUCUGGACUGGAGGAAGAUGAAGCUUCUACCUCGAAAAUCCCACGACAAUGCACAGCUCAUCAGCGGGGUUUAUUUCCAAGGGACCACCAUCGGCAUGGCGCCGAUCAUGAGCAUGUGCACCGCGGAACAGUCCGGAGGAGUUGUCAUGGACCAUUCAGACAGCCCCCUUGGUGCGGCCGUGACCCUGGCGCACGAGCUGGGCCACAAUUUCGGGAUGAACCACGACACGCUGGAGAGAGGCUGUAGCUGCAAGACGGCGGCCGACAGAGGAGGCUGCAUCAUGAACCCUUCAACCGGGUACCCGUUCCCCAUGGUGUUCAGCAGCUGCAGCAGGAGGGACCUGGAGACCAGCCUGGAGAAAGGCAUGGGCAUGUGCCUCUUUAACCUGCCGGAAGUCAAGCAGUCUUUCGGGGGCCAGAAGUGUGGGAAUGGAUACGUGGAGGAAGGAGAGGAAUGUGACUGUGGGGAGCCAGAGGAAUGCGUGAAUCGCUGCUGCAACGCCACCACCUGCACCCUGAAGCCGGACGCCGUGUGCGCGCAUGGGCUGUGCUGCGAGGACUGUCAGCUGAAGCCUGCGGGGACAGCGUGCAGGGGCUCCAGCAACUCCUGCGACCUCCCGGAGUUCUGCACGGGGGCCGGUCCCCACUGCCCAGCCAACGUGUACCUGCACGACGGGCACCCGUGUCAGGGGGUGGAUGGCUACUGCUACAACGGCAUCUGCCAGACCCACGAGCAGCAGUGCGUCACUCUCUGGGGACCAGGUGCUAAACCUGCCCCUGGGAUCUGCUUCGAGAGAGUCAACUCUGCAGGUGACCCUUAUGGAAACUGUGGCAAGGACUCCAAGAGUUCCUUUGCCAAGUGUGAGAUGAGGGAUGCUAAAUGCGGGAAAAUCCAGUGUCAAGGAGGUGCCAGCCGGCCUGUCAUUGGUACCAAUGCUGUUUCCAUAGAAACAAAUAUCCCGCUGCAGGAAGGAGGCCGGAUUCUCUGCCGGGGGACCCACGUGUACUUGGGCGAUGACAUGCCGGACCCAGGGCUGGUGCUUGCGGGCACAAAGUGUGCAGAUGGAAAAAUCUGCCUCAAUCGUCGAUGUCAAAAUAUUAGCAUCUUUGGUGUUCAUGAAUGCGCAAUGCAGUGCCACGGCAGAGGAGUGUGCAACAACAGGAAGAACUGCCACUGCGAGGCCCACUGGGCACCACCCUUCUGUGACAAGUUUGGCUUUGGAGGAAGCACGGACAGCGGCCCCAUCCGGCAAGCAGAUAACCAAGGUUUAACGAUAGGAAUUCUGGUGACCAUCCUGUGUCUUCUUGCUGCUGGAUUUGUGGUUUAUCUCAAAAGGAAGACCUUGAUACGACUGCUGUUUACAAAUAAAAAAACCACCAUUGAAAAGCUAAGGUGUGUGCACCCUUCCCGGCCAGCCGGGCGCGCCCAUCCUGGCCAGUCUCACCUCACCCACCUUGGGAAAAGCCUGAUGAGGACGCCGGCAGCUUCCAACCCCCCUAAGAACAAUGCCAGGAGAUUGGCGCCGUGUCCGAACGUUGACAUCAGCAGACCCCUCAAAGCCCUGGACCUCCCUCAGCCCCAGUCACCUCAGCGAGUACUUCCUCCCCUGCACCAGGCUCCACGUGUGCCCAGCGUCCCCGCCAGACCCCUGCCAGCCAACCCUGCACUUAGGCAGGCCCAGGGAACCCGAAAGCCAAACCCUCCUCAGAAGCCUCUGCCUGCAGGCCCUUUCGGCAGGACGUCGCAGUUCGGCAGCGCCCCGGGGAGGACCCUGGGCCAGCAGGAGCCCGGGCUCCACCUGGCACCCCUCAGACCUGCUCCUAAAUAUCCACACCAAGUGCCCAGAUCCGCCCACACCGCCUAUAUUAAGUGAGAAGCCGACACCUUUUUCAACAGUGAAGACAGAAGUUUGCACUAUCUUUCAACUCCGGUUGGAGUUAUUUUUUUUUUUGUACCAACUUUGUUUAAAACACCAUUACUUUAAGAACUUUGAGCUACUGCCGUCGGUGCUGUGCUAUGCUAUGGUGCUCUGUAUACUUGCUCAGGUACUUGUAAAUUAUUAAUUUAUGCAGAAUGUUUAUUACGGUGCAGUGUGCUGUAGUAGGCAUUUUUACCAUCACUGAGUUUUCCAUGGAAGGAAGGCUUGUGCUUUUAAUGUUUGAGUGAACUUGAAAUACCCUGCUUGGGGGGAUUCUGGACAGGAUGUUUACUUUCUGAUCAAGGCUUUAUUGGAAAGCGGUUCCCCACCUACCCGUGGCCUGUGGUUAAGGUACCAGACACAGCUCGAGAGCCCCCAGAGGCAGAAUGGCCAGUGAAUUUUUCUGGAAUCCCCGUCUGAGGCCAGAGCCGAGGGGCUUUAGGCCCAGGCUGUGCUUGGCUUUCAGGGAGGCCCUGGGUCCCUUCACAGCUGGCAGGCAGAGCCCCGGGGGUUGCACCUUGAAGCGUGGAGCAGCCAGUAGGGAAAAAUCUGGUUUCUGCCCAGGAAGCUUUGCAGAGAACCUGAAGGGCAGACAGGAAUUUUAAGAUGCGGCCGCACCAGGUCGGAGGCUGGAACAGCAGGCGAGCAGGGACUUGACCCGGAGCCACCAGCCUUGAGCACGGUGGAUGGGGGGAAGGCAGAGAAGUGAGCUGGAGUGUUGCUCAAGGUUUUACUUCAUAGAAACACCAAGCUCUCCUUUCUCUGGCUGCCCUCUCCAGAGUGCUGGCAUCAGCACGUGUUCAGAUUGGGAAAGGUGGCGUUUCCACAAGGGAGCUCCUGCCCAGGCACCGCAACCCUCCACCUCCCUGUGCUGUGUCACCUAGUUGUCUUCUCCACUGUGAUGCAACCAUCCUGCAUUCAGACAGACAGGUGAAGCUUUCCGUGGGACCAUAACCAUUUUCAGAUGUGAACCAGAUCUAGUCAGUCAAUUCUGUAAAUAGAAAUCUCCUUUUACCGCAAGGUUCGACUUAUUUAAAAAAAUAGGCAGAAUCCCUAUGCCUGCAAAAAUUUACAACCAAAUGGUAUGCUAUGUUCCUUGGUACAGCUUAUGUCUGCUGUCCCUAUUAACAUAUGUAUUGAACAAAGAACCGUAAGUCACUACACCAAGUUCACUUUGGGGCAUCCGAUUUUCCCAGCUUGGCUGCAGGAAUCUUAAGAACAUGUUUUUAACAGAGUUGCAAUCUGUUUCUUAAACACUUGCAACCUACCUGUUGAGCAUCACAGAAUAUGAUAAGGAAAUCAAUUUCCUAAUCCUAAAUAUUCAUGAAAUGCUGACUGGGGGGUCCAUUUUCACAGGAAUAUCUUUAAGAUGCCUACAUCUAAUGGCACAAAAAGCACAAAAGUACUCAGAUAAGGACUAUGCCAUCAUGCCUCUUACUGUCUUCUAUUGGGGUUGUGUAUGACUGGCUUUUCACAUUAGAAGACAAUUGGCAGCUGUUCCAUAAUUCACGCUGAGCAUUUUGUGCUAAGGACUUCUUUUGGGGUCAUUUCAACGGUUUUCCUAUGCCUUGAAGCAGAAAGAAAAAUAUGGACCAAGAAUCUUGGUUUGCCUUCCAGAAAACAAAACUGCAUUUAACUCUCCCCAUGUUCUCCACUGUAUCUAGGCAACAUAGUAUUACAUGACUAUGGAUAAACUAAGUAAAUUCAUGUCACACACACACAAAAGGGACCCCAGCUCUAAUACAUUCCAACUCCUACAGCAUGCAUCUGUUUACUAUGUAAUCAUUUUCUUAAAACUGUAAAGCCAUGCUAGAAAAUAUUACUGCUGAGAUACAUACAGAAUUACUGUAAUUGAUAUUACAUUUGGUAAUUGUAUUAAGGCCAAAACAUACUAUUGAAAAGGUUUACAGAAUUUUAUGGUGCAUUAUGUGGACAUUGUCUUUAUAGAUGUCCGAAUCCUUCCAUCUGGCAUUUCAGCCCCUCCUCCUAUUGUGAGUAAGAGGAUAUGAACUGAUUUUUCUUUUUUUCUUCUUUCUUAGCUAUAAUUCCUGUGCUUCUGUUUCAGGGAGCCAGGAAGAGUUUGUAUUAGAGGAGGUUAAAACUGUGAUCUUACGCCAUGUCAUCAGUGACCACUUAGGGGCUUGUGGCUGGUGACACAUUCCUAUCUCUACAGUACUCAUUUGCUUUAUAGAGCCAUGCAACUUAUUUCUGAAUAAGACCAUAUUUAAAACCAAUACUCCCUUACAAUAUAGAUAUUAUGAAAGGAAUAAUAUCUCUAAGAUGCAAUAUUUAUCAAAUGAAGCAUAUUUAGCAAUGAUUUCCAUUUUAAUAUAAUUUAGGAAAGGAACUAAUAACCAGGGUGGUUUUUUGGGGGGAGGGGAGGAGGAGAAUGGAAGGUAUUCCACUCUCUUUUUAUGAUGGAAACAAAAAACAAUACUUGUAUGUCAAUGGCAAUCUAAUAUUUUUUUUAAUUUUAUAGGCACGAAUAGAGUUGGUUUGAGUUGUAUGAGACCAUCACUGGGACAGCCAAUGUGACCAGACACAAAGCAGGUCCAGAGGCUAGUUACUUUUCCUCCUACGUCUUAUUAUAGUUGUAGGUUAUAUGAUCCCACUUUAUGAGUUCCAGGCAAUUCCAUUUAAAAGUAUAUCUCCUGAAAUUUUUUUUAACAGUUUGUUUUCCUGACACAUGAAAUCAGACGUGUAGCAACCAUGAGAAACAACGCAUAACAUUUUCCAUUGUCCAAAUGUGCACACGGAGGUUACCCCUUCCCAGUGUGAGUUUUUCCGGCUUACACAUGUGGGAUGACAUCACAGAAACCACAAAAGCAACAGAUUAAACUAUACGAGAAUGAAUACUCCUGACUGGUCUCAGAGGGGACAUUUUUAUGCCUUCUUAACUUUAUGAGGAAUUCUCAGGCCGAAAACCAUAAGCCAUUGUUCCCCGGCAAAUCAAUACAACACGUCAGUGCAGCUCCUAAAAGAAAAACCGCUCAAACUCUGAUCCGUGUCAGGAUAUUCCUGGGAGCCUGUGCUCUCCCGUGGUGCUAAAAGGGAGCCUGGUGCCUGGGCCAGCUGGAAUGCCCCAGCACCCUCCUGCCACCCCUGAUGUUUACUGAGCACUCUGAGCCAACCAGACCCCCGACAACCGAGAGGGCCCGUCGCGGUGCCUGGGCAGCCCGGCCGGGUCUUUCCGAUGCACCCCGACCUCUUGCAGUCCUUCCUCAUUUCAAGACUGUGCAGGGUAGGGCUCCCCCCGAGGUGUUCUGGGAGCAGAAAGUCCACAGCAGACGUGGUCUGGAGAUCCUCCCUCACUGCUCUCGAAAUGGCCCCAGCCAGAUACAAGUGACCCCAGAUGACAGUCGCACCAACCCUCCCAGAAGUUUCCCAACCCCUGUCCCAUCCUGAGACUCUCAGGCUGGGAGUUUCCCGCGCUGUGACUGGCUGGUGGGCGACGCUGCAGACACCACCCCCUUUCUCCUCCCACCCAUGCUGGGAGCCAGCUCGAGGCUGCUGCAGGUACCCCUGCAACUCAGCGGCAGGCCCGUGACACCUCUGGACUCAAGAAGCCAGAGGCUCACGUGUCUCCAGACACAGGCCCUUUCUCAGGCCAAACCCCAGACUGAUGCCUCUCCGACAGUCAGAUCUCUAACUUUUGUUGCUACUUCGGAUCAGCCAAAGUGCGACUACUGCCACCGGGUGGCUGCCCCUGCAAGAUCCACCUAGGAGAUGCUCAGGGCAGCCCCUCCCACAGGCACAUGGACCCGCAGUCGCCUCCCGCCUGAUGCCUUGUUCUGAUUAAAAGGGGGGCUGGCCCUAGAAGCCCAGCUUUUCUGUGAUUGCAGAACUCUCCUGACUCAUUCCAGAAGUUCCUAUGGACAUCCACUGUUUCAAACCUAUUUGAAAACUGAUAGUGAAACAAGUAAUGCUCUAAGAAAGAUUGUUGAGCCCCAUGCCAGGAACCAUUUCUGUGCAGUGAGGAUGGUUCUGGAAGCCAUGUACCUGCACGCGAGUAUGCCGUUUCCCUGCCUUUACUAGCAUAGAGUCCAGCCCUUACAAGCUUGUUUCACAUGAGAAAAACUAGGAAAAGAAACACUGUGUGUAAAACUGUUAAAAUAUUCAGUAACAGAUAGUGAUAGAAGAUUUAACGCACAAUUAAAAUCUCAAUUUCAAGUCAUUUGAGUCUUCCAGGUUGAAUGCCCAGUAACCCACCCUGAUUUUCCAUAUCAUCUUCAAAAAACAUGUCCUAUUUUCCCUGUGAAUUUCCUAUAAAGUAACUUUAGUUAAUUUAGCACAUUUUAAAUCCAGACCAAAAAAAAAAAA